AUGGGAAGUCUUCAAAGGCAUGGGCCUGCUUACACUUUAUACCUCAAAUGGAUUGGAGGGAAGCAAUACAAAGGAUUAAUUAUCGCCGUUGAUUUGGUUCUAGCAGUGAAGAUUAACACUCAUUCUUCAACCGUGAAAGUAGACUUUAAAUCUCAAGCAGGAAGCGUUGUGUCGUCUUUGUUAGGUACUUUACCAUACUACUUCGCAGUGAGCGGAUACAAGGAAUACCCAGUUUCAUCAUCAUCACACUUGUUCAAGAAAUUUAAGGAAGAGCAGAAAGAAAGAGUCUUGGAAUUUCCAAUAUCUGAACCAAAAAUCAGCCUGAGAGAACCUCAUUGCCUUUUACGUUGUUCGCAGUCAUGUCUUGAACAGUCACUGUUCCGUGACCAUUUUGGUCCUGAUGGUGGACCAAGUGUGUGUCUCAGAGUGCUCAAGGUGUUGCGUGACAUGACUCGUCCAUUUGAUCAGUAUGAGCAUUGCUUCUGCCAAUACACCUUGGGUUCAGGAAAAUCUAUUGAAGAGAAAGUAUGGGAAUUUGUCAAUACAGGCAAAGAAAUUAAUUCUGGCUGGCACAGAAAAAUGUACUCUUUGUGUAGUGCUACAGAACCAGAAAGUACCACAUUUAUUUCUUCAUACACCAGUCAAAACUCUUGUUUUGUUUGAAUGGAGUGAAAACCCAGGAGAAAAACAGUGGACUGGGAGCAACCUCACUCAGCGUAUUGUGAACAUAGUUACUGUUCUUCUACGCACCCUAGAGCAAAAUAAAGGGAUAAGAAGCUUUUGGUAUAAAGACUACAAUGUUCUUGGAAAUCCUGACAAAAUGGCGUAUCUGCCAGCAGCCAUCAACAGGGUGACCAUCAUUCUUAAAUGUUUAUCAUCCUUACGAACUGCCAGCCAAAGUCGUUUUGAGGAUUGUGUUCAAACUCUUACAAAUUUACUGACGUUGGCUCGCCGUAAGACGAAAUUGACAAGAUUCUUGCACAGUGCGCUGCGAGAUAUUUUCGAUGAUAAGAAUACAAAGGUUCUGGAAGAAUCCGUUGGUAAGACAAAAAAGCCGGAAGAAGGUCUCGAAAGGUCUCCCUGUUCUAAAAGGUGGUAAGGUGUGCAGGAUGUUGAAUUCAUCAAUUAUUGAUGUAGACUUUUUGUUUGCGCCAUCCGUUUUCUGUAGUAUCUACAUUCAAGCCCUUCUUGAAAAGUUAGCUCCAGUGGAGGAUUUUCACAUUCUUAGUUCUUACUUCAAAUGCAAAGACGACAGGGUAUCUGUAUCAGGUACUGAUAGUUUUACUAAGGAAGAAGCUGAGGAUAUUGUUAAGAAUGCAAGAGACAUCUUUGAGAAAAAUGCACGUAAAACAAUGAACAAUCUUGACAAUUUACCAGACCACAGUCUCUGGUCGAAGGAAUUCGAACAUGAUGGGGUGGCAAGCUUGUUGAAGUUGCUGUGCGAGAACUUUAAUAAAGAUCUUGAAAUCAUGCGGAAUACAAUCAAAGCUCUAAAAGAAUCAAGGAAGACUGGCAAUGGUGUGUAAAAUUGAGAUACGUUUGUGCCAGAAGAAAAUACAAAGAUUUGGGAUCAGUUUAUUAUUCUCGGGAAGCUACUUAGUGAGAAGAUGGUUCUAAACGUUAGCCCAGCGAAAACAGAAGCACAUCACAUCAAGAUCCUCGAAACAAAUCAACAUCUAUAAAACUCUGAAAGUGUUGAGAGUACUGAAUCGGUGUCUAGUCCUUGAAAUCUACAAUUGAUCUUGAUAACUUUAUGAAGAAUUCGAGGUCUUCAUGAAAUCACAACGGGACUUUAAGAAGAAAAGUAAAAGUCAGAUUUCAAAAGACCCCGUGGAAAUAAGCGCAUGCACUAUUUAGCGGAGGGAUCUAAGAAUUGAACAAAAAUCAAAAGAAAAACGUAAAUGAAAGUAGUAUGUGAAAAUCUUAUACAAGCGAUCAAACUAGCUGAUAUCAGCGACGAGUGACAAAAGUCCGUAAAGCAACUUGCAAAUCUAGUCUCGAAACUUUCGUCAGAACUAUAAAAAACGCUGAAAAUUAAGGCACUUUUUUAAGGGGGGAGGUUGGGAUGGGGGAACGCAAAAUGUCAAAUUGUGACGUCACCAAAAUGAGUUAAAUGCAUUUCUAAAUUUCAAAGUCAAACUUAAUCAUCUGGACGAGUUUCAGAAGGGGAGUAAAACAGCGAAAACCGUUUCUGACUACGACACGUAAAACCCGAGUUAUAGGACUUCAAAGAAAUUUAAGUGCCCCCUCUCCUCCCGCCCCCGAAACCAUACUUUUCCUUAAAAAACGAUCCCUAUGAUAUUUUUUUCACAGCUUUUUUGCAAAAUAUACUGAUUUUCUGGUAACACAAACCUUUUAUAAUUGGCCAAAAUCGUAUCAUUUUAGAAUUUCGUUUUUUGACUCAAAAACACUAGCAAACCAAAAAAAUGAUCACAAGACAUUUUAUGACGUCACAAAAUGUUUUCCAUGUUUUUGUGCAGUUAGGAAUUUCUUUUUCUUCAAAUUUCUUUUUCCUUUAGCUUUCGACAGUAAAGAUGUGUUAUGUUUAACUUGAAUAGCAAGGGCGACUGGACAAUAAAUCUCUUAAAUUUAGAAUUAUUUUGCAAAGGGGUAUCCCAUUUUUGUGCUCCGAAUUUAUCCAAAUUCAAAAUGUUAUAUGUCAGCUCAUAUUUGAGAUACUGGAAAAUUUUUUCAGCUUUCAACUCCUUUUGAAUAGUCCUUUCAAAAACAGUAUGAAAAAUUGAGAGAUUCAAAAUUUUACAACUUACGAAGGAAAUGACGUCAGCAAAUGUGGCGUCAUAAUUUGAUAUUUGGUGUCUUCCUAUGAGCCAUUUUGAUUGGCUUGAUGUUUCGUAUUUUCAGGCCAAGUUUGGUAAGGAAAGAGUUAAAGCAAACAAAGUUAUUCUAAAUUGAUCAAAAUUGUCACGCUUUGAUGAUUCCUUUGGGGAGUGGUUUGGCGCUUUGGCCCCACCGGACAAUGGCAUUGUGACCCGGCCAAGCAACGAUAUAGUGUAACAAAAAGUGCAUAAAUUAAUCACAAAAUGUUGGUCUUAUUUACUGGAAAGAUAUAUAGUCCUGUAGUUUAGUUAUUAGGGUUCACGAAAAGUUGCUUAUUGAUUGGUUAACAAUUUGAUUGACCUUUAGAGUUAGUUUUUGGUAUUGCCAGAGAUUAAUUGAGUGGAAAUUUUUAUAAGUUUGAUAUGUGGGGCAAUGGUAUAUACAAUCCCUUUUCUUCUUCUGUUUGCUUGGGAGUAAUUCUGGUGAAGAGUUGAUAGUACACGCCUGUCACCAACAUUGCGAUGUCCUGUGUGUUGAGUUUGUCGUUGCUUCUCACACUCAUUUGAUCAGUAUGAGCAUUGCUUCUGCCAAUACACCUUGGGUUCAGGAAAAUCUAUUGAAGAGAAAGUAUGGGAAUUUGUCAAUACAGGCAAAGAAAUUAAUUCUGGCUGGCACAGAAAAAUGUACUCUUUGUGUAGUGCUACAGAACCAGAAAGUACCACAUUUAUUUCUUCAUACACCAGUCAAAACUCUUGUUUUGUUUGAAUGGAGUGAAAACCCAGGAGAAAAACAGUGGACUGGGAGCAACCUCACUCAGCGUAUUGUGAACAUAGUUACUGUUCUUCUACGCACCCUAGAGCAAAAUAAAGGGAUAAGAAGCUUUUGGUAUAAAGACUACAAUGUUCUUGGAAAUCCUGACAAAAUGGCGUAUCUGCCAGCAGCCAUCAACAGGGUGACCAUCAUUCUUAAAUGUUUAUCAUCCUUACGAACUGCCAGCCAAAGUCGUUUUGAGGAUUGUGUUCAAACUCUUACAAAUUUACUGACGUUGGCUCGCCGUAAGACGAAAUUGACAAGAUUCUUGCACAGUGCGCUGCGAGAUAUUUUCGAUGAUAAGAAUACAAAGGUUCUGGAAGAAUCCGUUGGUAAGACAAAAAAGCCGGAAGAAGGUCUCGAAAGGUCUCCCUGUUCUAAAAGGUGGUAAGGUGUGCAGGAUGUUGAAUUCAUCAAUUAUUGAUGUAGACUUUUUGUUUGCGCCAUCCGUUUUCUGUAGUAUCUACAUUCAAGCCCUUCUUGAAAAGUUAGCUCCAGUGGAGGAUUUUCACAUUCUUAGUUCUUACUUCAAAUGCAAAGACGACAGGGUAUCUGUAUCAGGUACUGAUAGUUUUACUAAGGAAGAAGCUGAGGAUAUUGUUAAGAAUGCAAGAGACAUCUUUGAGAAAAAUGCACGUAAAACAAUGAACAAUCUUGACAAUUUACCAGACCACAGUCUCUGGUCGAAGGAAUUCGAACAUGAUGGGGUGGCAAGCUUGUUGAAGUUGCUGUGCGAGAACUUUAAUAAAGAUCUUGAAAUCAUGCGGAAUACAAUC